AUGGCUACCUCCCGGAACGUUUCUUAUGGCGACGUUCCCUUUCAGGAAAGAUGGGAGAGACUAAAACCGAUCAUCACGCAGCUGUACGUCAAUGAAAACAAGAAACUUGCCGAAGUAGUGGCCAAAAUGAAGGAAGAGCAUGGAUUCGAUGCAGUGGAAGACCAGUACAAAUACCAUUUCAAAAAAUGGAAAAUCAAGAAAAAUUUUUCACGGGAGACGAAGCGAAAACUGCUAGACAAAGGUCAGGAGAGAGCUGAUGCUGGAAAGCGAACAGCAUUCAGCGUCAGGAAUAAACCCGUCGACUCGAAGAGGCUUCUUCGAGAAGUGAAAAGGGACAGCAAACGCGAGAUAGCCUUAAAGCCGACAGCGAGUGGACAAUUGGCUAUACAACAAUUUCUGCUUGGUUUUCAGUUUGGCCCCAGCAUAUUUAUGGCGUGGAACAUGCCUUAUGGAGUUCUCGCCCCGGAUCGGAUACUCGGGACAAACCACGGGUCACCUGGGCAGGUUGUAUCAAGCCCCAGCGACAUCAUGGCCUCGACUCCUCCCGCCAAUGCAAGAUCCCCAAUCUCUGCUCCGUCUCCGUUAUCAAAAGCGCUCGCGAUGAAACGGCCCAUCGAUAGAGCUCGGCUCUUUACUGAGGGCCGAUUUGACGAUCUCAUUAAGUCCAUGAACAAGAAGGAAGCGGAGGUCAUGUCAUCCUGGCUCCACCAGUUUUGGUAUUUCGCCUUCAAAGCUGCAAAAUAUUGGGGUGUUGGACCGCCUACCCGGACCGCUGCCCGUCUCGGCUUCGAAACUUGGGAGGACUGGUCAUCUCGGACCCAGGGUAUUGCUGAGCCCGAUGACAUUGCGCAUAACACGGCAAGCCCAGAAUAUCGUGUCGAAGCCGCAAGAAAGCCACGAGAGCUUUUUCAACCGUCGCCACUCUGUCGCUGGAGCAUUCACUAUGAAUGCAAAAUCUCUUAUGAGGAAAGUCCUGAGGAAAGUCAUAAAGAAAAUCGGCCAUGGCAGCCACCUUUUCAAGAAACACUCGUCUCAGCACUGGAGAGCAACGACUUCAGCAGCAUCAAGUCCAGUGAGCUACCUGUAGCUGUGCCACAGAUCGUGAAGGCGACAGCGAAAUCCCCUGACGUGCUCCUACGGGAAGCGUUGGGGUUCGCAAUCAUGGGACGCAAUGUUGAAUUAACUGAGCAGCUUUGGGAUCGGUUCGUGUCUGAAGCCGCGGAAAUCAGGGACUUCUAUCCGCUCCAUCUAGCCAUUAGCUUUCUCGAUGGGGUAACAUCUUGUUGCAAUGUUUUUAGCGUUUUCGUUUGUCUUCCACCUGCAGAGUGGACUCUGCGAUAUCUGCGUGAUAUUUAUGUCAACAACCUAGGUCACACGGUCCUUGACAGUCUCAUGAUUUCCAUCCUGAAGUCGCAUACAUCGACAACUCCAGGCGACGUGGAUGAAGAAUUACGACAUCAAAAACGCUUUGCGGGUGAAGAGGUUGACGUAUGCGGCCGCUGGGAUGCUGACUCUGAAUGUUUUCGUGCUCUUCUGAACACAGGAGAAGGAAGUGUGCCGAUGACCUGGAAACAUAAAUUCUGCCACACCUCGAGUCAGGCAAUCUGCCAUUGCAUAAUGUUAAUCUAUUCCUCGGAAAUUCUCUUUGAUCGGUUUGAUCUGCCGAGUGGGAUAUUCCUCAAGCACUGCUCGGAAUGCGGAUUGAAGAUGCAACUGCAGCCACUUCACACGUUGGUCGUGACUGCUUUUCAUCUCGCAAACAAUGGAUGCACUGAUGAAGAUCUUUUUGGGAUGCUUGCAUGUCUCCUCACGCUUUUGUACUGUGAGGUUGACCCCACAAAGAAGGCUGACGUGUCAGCCGAAUCGCUCUUUGGCCGAUCAUCGAAGGCCACUGGUUGCACACAUGAACGGCUCACUCCAGCCGAGCUUGCGGACCGCGUCCCUACAGAAUACGCAGAAGUUUGGUCGGAGCGAACCAGAACAGGUUGGGAAAUCCUUCGCCUCGUUCUUUGGAUAUCACAGUCGUCCACGUCCGAAACUAGUGACUUGAGGGACCAGGAAUACGAUCCAGAAGCUUGCUGCGACUACCACGAAAUACCAAAAAUGUCUCCGAUCCUUGCUACCCUCUUUGCUGCAGUACAAACAGAGCUUCUGACAUAUCGACGGCUUCGGGAAGGCGAUCCUUGGGUCUCGGAAAACUUUGAUCUUGUCGCGCUCAGUCGAGAUCUACGGGAAGGGGACGAAAAUCUCCCUUCGAUAGGGCUUGUUCAAAAAAAGCUCUUGAAACCUUUCUGUAGCUGCGGGAUGUUUCUUGACCAGAGACAUGUGAUAGCGAGCUGCGAUGACGCUUGUGAGCACUACAUAUCCAACAUGGAUGACUGGUCUCGGACAAAAUUCAUAGCUUUUCCAUAUGAAGGAUUGUAA